GCACUUCAGUGAAUUUGCUUGGACUGUGUCGAAUGUUGUAAACAGGUGUACGUUGGAAGUCGCAUCAUUUUUUUUUUUUCGUUCGCUGAGGAAAGAAUGGGGGGAUGCAUGUCGAACGGGAGCCGAAAGGCGGUAGAGUCGUACUCCAUGGAGGGUGAGGUGCACGUUCCUGUUCCAUCAGGGAAGAAAAAAAAGAAGCCGCGGCGGGUAAAGCGACGGUCAUCGACACUUUCCCAACCCUCGUCGGCAUCAGUGCGCGGAUCGAGCUCUGUGCGCUCUGCAUCGUUGGUAAGCAGCACUGCUACAACACCAAAAGGUGGAGGCAGUGGAGUUUGCGGAGCCUCAGCCGGCAGCGGGGCAGGAGGUGAAACCGGCCGUGUGUCUGGCAAAGGGGGAGGGAAGAGGAAAUCCAAGGUCAAGGGUGCCAGGCGCAAACGAACAGUCACAAUCGAGAAGCAUGAGGAGGUAAUCAUGGAUGCUAUCCAUGGGGAAUUCUUUGCGCGCAGCCAGGUGCGAUGCUCGUUCACAUUUGGCGGUAGAAGUAGAAGUCUAAGGCGCAAACAGCUGGAAGCGAAGAAAACUGUAGUUGUUGGGCUUCCGGAAGUGAUGUUCAACGACCAGGGAGAAGCCAGUGUUGACCCCGGAGACAAUUUGGAUUCGCUUGAUAGCUGUCAGAGGGAUGAGUGGCAUGAAUCAAGGUCUGUGUUCGACGAUGAGGUGGAUGACGACUUCCAGAGUGUCAAAGAUUACUUCAGCGUGACGUCCGGCUCCAGGACGCCGUUGUCCGAAGCAGCGAGAGCAGGGGUAUUUGCCCAGGCUGCUAGGCUUUGCAGCCCUGGCACACCGAUAGCGAUUCCGUCGGUUUUGGCGGCAGAAGGGGUGCCGACAAUGCCAGGUUUGGUGCCGAACUUUGACCCGAACAGUGUAUUUGGCUCCUCGUCAUGGGAAGGGGUGGCGGAGAGGGAAAACCAUAGAACGUCUGAGGAGCAUGUGCAUGUUGUAGAGUGUGUAUGCACAGGCAAAGAGACGACCACUACGACAGUCAUGCGACGGCUGUCCGUAACGCGGUCGUGUUGCGCGAAUCUUGCACUGUGCGAAGGGGAAAUGGACGGUGGCCAACCGGAGUUCGAACUGGGCAAGAAGAGGUCAGCGAUGACAGUAUCGGUCGACACAUGGACGCCAAGGAGCUCCUGCGGAGAUGGAUUGCCGGACGAAUGGGGCGCCGAGAAAUCCAACUGCGCAAAGGACGGGGAAGCUGGGAGAGACCUAUUGCUGUGCUUGCCACGGGUGAAGACUCUUCCGUUGCAAGGCGGCCUUUCAAGCCCUAUGAAGAGAUGGGCAUGUGCAAAGAAUGGCAAGGCAUUUGCAACUACUAAGUCAAGAUACGCCAAUGAAUUUGACGCAUCACCUGCAGGUAACUUGUCCACUUCAUUAGACCGAAGCCUUAACCCCAGCAGUACCUCCGAGCCUAUUUUUGCUGUGGCGGAUUCCCCCAGCGUGCAAAAGUUCCCAUUUUACGAAGCCAACAUUUGGCCAUCCUGCGAAGCUGAUGGCGAUGGUUUCAGUUUGGUGUUCUACUUCCAACUUAAUGAGCAAUUUCUGAAGAGUGCUCCUGAGGAGGCGAUGGCAGUGUUGAAGAAAUUUAUGGAGGAUGACGUGGAGCAAGUGCCUGGUAUCCUUGGUGCAAACACUGUGAAGUAUCGCGAUCAGCUGAAGGUGGUUGCGAGGAUUGCAAAUCUUGAUGAAGUUUAUUUGUCGAAUACGGAGAAGAAGCUGGUUAGCAAUUACAAUGAGAAGCCAGUGCUUUCCAGACCUCAGCAUGUCUUCUAUCAGGGAAAGAACUACAUGGAGGUGGACAUUGACAUCCACCGCUUCAGCUACUUGGCACGGAAGGGUCUUGAUUCAUUCAGGACUCGCUUGAAGAGCAUGGUUAUCGAUGUUGGAAUUGUGCUUCAGCUGAUGACACCCCAUGAGCUCAGGUGCUCUGCAACAGGUGAUCAUGCGAUUCUUGGUGGACUGUACUUCAUGGUGAUGAAGGAGCUUUGAAUCUUAUCCUACCUCGUCGAAGGGUCAAUAGGCUUGAGAGCGAUUUUCGUUUUUCCUGCUGCCGAAGUGAGGAGCAUGUACUCCCUCGGAGAGCGCAAUCCCCAGUCCAUAUGUGGAUGCAAAUGACAUCAACAUCAAGUUGCCUUCAAGCACAACAUUGUACAGUUGGCUCUGGGGAUGAGCCAGCACGACGACGUCUUUUUUGUGCCACUUCUUGUUGUCUUGUAUAAAGGGUCAAGCGAGAUUGUUUCCGCCGUUUUGUUGCUGAAUCGACAAGCAUACUAUACUUGUAUGAUCUCAGAUUCUCGGCACGAG